CAAUAUCAGAGGGACAGUCGUAUUACAGGUCAUGUUCCUCCAGUUACUAUUUGGACAUUACGUAUGGACGGUGGUACUGCUCCAAAUCUGGUAUUGAUGUCACCAGCCGGAUGGACAGUAUGUGUGGGUACGGCUCUUCGUGUACUAUGUAUGCCAGUAACAGCUGGACAGGGGGCGAUCCAUGCCCCGGAACAGGAAAAACACUGGUGUGGCAAGACACAUGCGUAUCGAAUUGGGGAAACUGGGGUUCGUGGUCAGGCUGUCCUAGUGAUUGUACGACCCAGAGCCUGGUCAGAUAUAGGUCAUGUGUCAAACCUGGAGGGGGUUGCGGGUCGGCUCCAGCAGAUUACAUUUCAUGUCUUCGUGUCGGCUGCUCAUCAUCUUCAGAAAUCAGCAGAUAUACACCAGACGACAGCGUAAACUACCUUAGCCUGUCAUCAAACUGUUUUGUUUUAACGGGCAGGACAUCGUACACAUUUAGGGUCAAGGCACAUAACGACGUGCAUAUGGUUCUGAGUAGUGUUGAUAGUUAUACAAGUGGUACACAUUAUGAAGUAAUAAUUUGUGGAUGGGGCAAUACCCGCUCUACCAUCAGGUACAGUAUAAGAGGAAGUGAAUGCGUUGCAUACAGUGCGACUCUUUUGAGUCAGACCUACUUCGAUGAUUUCUGGGUUUCUUGGUCCGGGGGGCAAGUUAAAGCAGGAACCGGUAGUACAGUUGGUAGCAACACUUUCAUGACCUGCUCACACUCGCCUUCGUAUGAAGUCAAUUAUAUCUUGAUCAAGACAGGAUGGGGUUCAACAGGUGACUGGAGAUUCCCAAACGAUGUUGCCUGCACACAUGAGACAAAUAGUAACGUCAACGUCGCUACUGACGACACAUCCUGCAAUGGGGUCAGCUCGUACGCAUGCGCCUCCUCAUACAAACGGGCUGCUGGGAAUACGCAACGUACUUGCCAAGUACAGAAAGUGUGGUCAGGAUAUCCGCUAAUCUGUUCAGUUUCAACUUGCAAAAUUGAUAUCCUAUUCAUCAUAGAAGCUUCUUACUACACGAACUCAAUUCACUCUUCCCUAAUGACGGUUAUAGGCGAUUUGGUGGGACUAAUGGCCAUUUCUACCAAUGACAUACAAGUCGGGGUCAUUACGUAUGACAAUUCUGUGGACGAAAACAUCAAAUUGAAUGCUUACUCAUCAGCGACAGCACUGGAUGCAGCUAUUACCUCAAUAACAAUACCAAGUGCUUCUUCGUCGAUUUACAUUGCCACAGCUCUGAGAGUCGGCUUUUAUGAUUUCGUUAAGUUAUCCAAUGGAAACAGAUUCGACGCCUACAGAUAUUUUAUUCUUAUCGCAAAAACUUAUUCUUCCAAUUAUGGUAGAGAUGUGGCAAACGCUAUGAGACAGAACCCCAGAAAUCAAGUCUUUACUAUCGGUAUAAGUCCAUCUUCAUCUUUGAUCUCGGACCUGAAGUUAUCGGCGGGUGAUGAUGACAGAUACUUGCAAUUAAGCACUCCGACAGAUCUCUAUCCACAUUUCAACACAUUUCUACAGAAAAUCGCCACGUGUCCAGCAACAGCACCUGUUCAAAGGACCGUCAGCUGUAAGCUGGACAUAGCGUUUAUUGUUGAAAAUUACAACCUGCGCUAUAUAAAGAGAUUCGUAGUCGACUUAAUGGAUGAUAUACCCGUCUCUUCUAGUGGAGUUAGAGUAGGAUUUGUGAUAUUUGAUUCGGGAGCACGAACCGUGUUUGGACUCUCAAAUUAUACCUCCAAUGAAGCUCUGCGAGGGGCUAUUGAAGGAAUAGUAGAGACAAGUAGUUCGUAUCACUAUGUGGACAAAGGUUUGAUAGAAGCCCGGGACAACGUAUUCACAGCCGCAGGAGGUGAUAGAACAGACGCCCCAAAUUACUAUGUUUUUGUCGUGGGACCAUUCUACAGGAACACAGAUGCAGUAGCUCGAGACGUCAGUAGUAGCGGGAACAAUUUCAUAUUUGCUGUUCAUAUUGGUUCCUCGUAUCACGCGGAGUACCAGGCAUCUGUUGAUUCCUGUGGCGAUUACUCCAAGUACACGAACAUCAAUUGGUAUAAUAACUUGGUGACUAUCCGAGAGCAAGUUAUAGGAAAUAUCACAACCUGUCACAGCGUGGUGGAAACAACACCAGGCUGUAAACUCGAUAUAGCUUUCAUAAUGGAUGACUCGACUUCAGUCAGCAGCACAGAGUUCACAGACAUGAAAAGCUUCUUCAAAAGUCUUGUCGCCCGAAUAGUUGUAGGAGAUACAACGGUAAGAAUCGGUGUCGUAACCUUUGGUGACGGAGCAGUUACCGCUUUCCCUCUCAACCAGUACUCUACUUCCGCUGACGUCAUUACUGGUAUUGAGGGUAUCAGCCGAGGAAAUUCGGCAUAUGGUAGGAGUUACCGCUACGUAGACAGAGCCCUGGAAUACACACAGAAGAGCUUCUUCACCAAGGCUAACGGAGAUCGUACUGACGCUGCUAAUUACUACGUCGUACUUACACAUGGGUAUUCCUACGGAUACAAGACCACGGAAUUCGGAUCAGUGUUACGCUCAAUGACCAGCGUAAUCAACGAUAUAUUCAUAGUUGGAGUUGGCAUAACGUAUUCCACCUACGACGCGGACUACCAGGGGGCAGUCAGUGACGCAAAGAAAUACAUAGAGAGCAGUAACUUCAUAGGACUUCAGUGCAUUAACGACAUGGUGGUCUCUAACAUCACAACGUGCCCAUCAGCAUCAAUUAGUCCCUCCACUCCUGUAAACCCCAGUUGUAAGCUAGAUAUAGUGUUUAUUCUGGAGACAAAUACAUACUCUUCUAAUGAGAACUAUAUAUACCUGAAAGACUUUUUCUCCAGACUAGUUCAACAAAUCGGUGUAUCGUCCGACACAGUCCGAAUCGGUGCCAUAAGAUACAACAGCAAAACAUACACAGCCUUCGAUCUUCAAACGUACACGACUAGUGAUGACGUCAGUGAUGCUUUGUUGCAGCUAUCAGAUUCUACAGACAGUAGAUUCCUUAUAGACUCCGCACUGUCUUACGCGCAAUCGACCUUUUUCACUGCCGCCAACGGAGAUCGCGAUGACGCAGCUAAUUAUUACGUGUUUACAAUAGAUGGAAUAAGGAGUGGAGCGGCAAAACAAGGCGAACUGAUCGCAGCUAACUGGCCAGACACGGUCUUCGCCAUUGAUAUUGACAGCGGAUAUGCCACAGAAUAUGAAAACACUGCUGGAGACAGUAGCCGCUACUUCUAUGCUGCAUCCUACGCAGACCUGUCUUCUAUUGAAUCGUCACUUUUGGCGGCCAUUACCGGUUGUCCGGUCCCCACCACUACUACUACAACUACCACUGACAGAUCAGUUACCACCACUGUAGACGCCUCCCUGGAGAAUGCCGAUGUCUCUGCCCCAUGCCCAAGCAGUUUACUUUAUCUGUAUCCAGAAGAUUUAACUGCAAGCAAUGAUGGAGAAAAAGAAGUGAUUUACCUGAUGACAGAUUUUGUUUUUGCCGCACCUAGUUGCUCGCGCAUUACGUCAUGGGAAUUUUCCUACUCCAAAUCUGGUUGGAUAGAUUUUAUGGUGUGGAGACCUUCAGGGAAUAAAUAUAAACUGGUGGCAUACAACACGAUAUAUGUUGAUGGGGCUAACACAACUGUCUACACUGUAGUGGAGUAUGAGAGAAUUGCAGUGCUUGAAAACGACGUCAUUGGAUGGCGCUGUGAGGGAGAUAAUGUUAUCACAAAUGGAGACUGUUUAGGACCAUGCGCAGAGGGAUUUAAAGCGUCUGCCGGAAGUAUAGAGAAAGGAGAUGAGUUCGAUUGGGCGAACUUGGGUACUGCAAUAACUGGGACAGCCUAUGCUAUUAAAGCAUGCCUUGAAGACAAUACUGUAAUAGCAUUUUCUAACUCUACGUUCUCGGCAAAGAUUCCUGACCACUUAGCUGUGGGUUCCUUUGUACUGGUGCUGGAGGUGACGGGAGUAGACUACACAGAGGAGGUCAAUUUCACCGCCUUGCAGCAUCCAUCCUUUACUGAUUCUUUACAAUACUUUGCGGUGGACCAGAUAGGUCAAAUAGUGAUUGCGAAAAAGUUAAUGAAAGCUAAAAUCAACAAGGAGUUUGCUAUACUUGUGGAAGCAAAGGAUUCCUGUGAGCACAGUGCGACUGCAACAGUCUCCAUAGAAACACAAAACAUGCCUCCUGAAAUACUAGACCUGCCGAAUUCCAUAUCUAUAUCCGAAGAAACGGAAGCAGAUAAGAUGUUGUACUCCACGAAUGUUGAAGAUCCCACAGGUGACGAUGUCUGCUGCACGCUAGAAAGUGUGUCCCCCCAGACGCUUAAUUUUAACCUUACCGGAAGCGGGAGCGGAUCCCGUGCCAUCUAUUCUAUUGUAUCUGGUUCAAAGCCAGCGUUUUCCUACAAAGACUUUAACUCCUACAUUGUGAAAGUCUGUUGUGAUGACACGGAGGACAAAUCUACAGGAGUGUUAAUUGUUAAUAUCAAGAAACCAGACAAAGCUACAACAUAUGAACCACCGGGUUGGUUUGCUUUGUCAGUAGGGGUAUCCUGCAUUCCAAUCUUUCUCAUGGCGAUUAUGUCAUGUGUGGUGCUGAUACAAACAUUAUUUGCUCUGGAGUGACACGUGUCGGUGAAUAUGCAAUACAUCGUUGGAAAGAGACUGUCAAAACAAGUUACAUUGUACCUUUAAUAAACCUCCAGAUUGAUCAUUUCAUAUGUUAAAGGCAAUCCAUAAUCAUAAUAUUUUACUUGUUCUGCAUCAAGUUUGUUAAUCUGGGGUAUCAUAUUUUAUACAUAUAUUGUAUCAUAUCAAAUAUAAGAACAACACAAAUGGGGUUUUUUUUUCGAGUUGUUAGUAACAAAGAUAUACUAUAAUUUAAUAAAAUAAAAACUUUGAGACUAUAAAUGAUUAUGUUCUAAGUUUAAUAUCAUAGGUUAUUGUAUUGAAAACCUUGGUAUUGUAAUCUAGCGGGUGUGAUCGGUCCACAAGGGAUGCUUACUCCUCCUAGGCACAUGAUCCUUCUUCUGGUAUAUUCAGGGGGCCGUGUUUUUCCUACUCUUUAUUUUGUAUUCUUUAUAGGAGUUAUGAGAUUGAUCACUGUUCAUUUUAUCUUCACUUUUCACUAUGCAGUACCAAAUAUGACAUUUUGGUGUAUUAUAGAACAAAGCAUUCCUAUGUGGGUAAACUACAGUUCAUUGUACUUUCCAUACGCCUGCACACAGCCAAUCACAUCGCCUAGGUUCGAAUAUACUAUCAAAGAGUAAAUAUAUAGAACUCAAAAUGUAGGGUACCCAAGUUCGUCGAUUAAAAAAUAUAAACAAAAUGAUGUAUUCUAAUAUAUUUAUACGCAAUCAAUCAACAUUACUACCAAAGGUCAUCCCGAAAUUUUGUAUACUUUCAGAGAUAUGCAGACAUCAGUUUUUAAAAAAUGUCUAUUUUUUACUCGAAAUUUACCUGGGCCCUGGCACUGCACCACUAAACAGAAUGUCUUUGAAUUGCAACAACUAAUUACAUAGAACAUGCAAGAUAACAUAUAAUUUAUUACCCAAAUUCCUUAAUAGUUCGAAGUGACUGAAAAUCGCGAAUUCCUAUGGCAUUAUAUGUAUUUCAUCGCAUACAUUUCUGCAAGUUUGUCUUGGUUUGGGGAAUGUUUUCAAUUUUGCUCCAUUAAGUUUGUCUAGAUACCUACUGUCUGAUUUACAAGAUAUUCAUCCAUUCUUCUAACAAAAAAGAUCUGUACAUGAUGUAUUGUUAUACUUUCACAGUCUUCAACUAAUACCGGGAGCCUGGUGCCCGGGACCUGGUAUAAUUGCAGGUGGGCAUGUGGAAAUUGCAUACUUACAAGCCCGAAGGGCAUUUAAAUUCUAAAGAUUAAACCUCCUUAUUUUUUUAUAACAAUGUACUUUUGCUUUUGAUUCGAAUGAUCAAUUUAUUCAUCAGAUGUUUCACUUUCAUUCGUGAAUAACUUACAUGUAGCAUAUUAAAUUAAAUAUCAUCUAUAGUAUUAGAUAUACUUAAGUGUUGGUUUAUUUUAUUCUUUCAAAGUGAAGCAUAACAUUUUCACGACAUAUUGUUCUACCA